CUACAGCUGCAGAACUUCCUUGUUCUUCUGUAGAAAGACCCAGUUCGGCAUUUGGUUUCUGUCAUCACUGGUGGGACCUGCACUGUCUUAUCACCUGCCCUGGACUCUUCUGCAGGGCUCACCAACAAUUAUCUUUGAGUCAUUGUUCAUCGUCCUCUCUUUACCUCCUAAUCUGACCCGGGUUCAGAUGGUGACUCCAGAGGCCCCCAAUGAUGUUUCUUUCUCCCAGGGCAUCCGUAUGAUGUUCUACAUCAUGAAGCCCAAUGAGACAUCCUUCCCAAGCUUGGAGGAGGUGCCUGACUAUGUGAAACAGGCGACACCAUUUUUCAUUUCCUUGAUGCUGCUCGAAUUGGCCCUUAGCUGGAUCCUCAAAGGGAAGCUAGCAGGACGAGUGGACGACGCUUUAACCUCCAUCUCAGCAGGAGUACUGUCUAGGCUUCCAACACUCUUUUUCAGGAGUAUGGAGUUGUCCACUUACAUUUAUGUCUGGGAGAAUUAUAGACUCUUCAAUCUGCCUUGGGAUUCUCCAUGGACGUGGUAUUUGACCUUCUUGGGAGUUGACCUAGGUUACUAUUGGUUCCACCGCAUGGCCCACGAGGUCAACAUCAUGUGGGCGGCACACCAGACACACCACAGCUCUGAGGACUACAACUUAUCCACUGCACUCAGACAAUCUGCCUUCCAAGUAUAUAUGUCCUGGAUCUUUUAUUGUCCCCUGGCGCUCAUCAUCCCUCCUCCGGUGUAUGCUGUACAUCUCCAGUUCAAUCUUCUCUACCAGUUUUGGAUACACACUGAGGUCAUUGAAAAUCUUGGACCUUUGGAACUUAUUCUCAACACCCCAAGCCAUCAUCGGGUUCACCAUGGCAGAAACCGUUCUUGCAUAGACAAAAAUUUUGCUGGCACCCUUAUUAUUUGGGAUAGAAUUUUUGGAACAUUUGAAGCAGAAAAGGAAAAGGUUUCAUAUGGCCUCACCCACCCCAUUAACACCUUUGAACCACUCAAAGUACAGUUCCAUCACUUGCAUUAUAUUUGGACCACAUUUUGGAUCACACCUGGGUUCUGGAACAAGUUGUCUGUCAUAUUCAAAGGACCAGGAUGGAGUCCUGGCAAACCUAGGCUUGGUCUUCUUGAGGAAAUCCCUGAGGUCACAGGAAAAGAAGUCCCCUAUGCCACCCAUGUGUCUGGCUCACUCCAGCUGUAUGCCCUUGUGCAGUUUGCUCUGAUGCUUGGUUUUUAUGAGGACACAUUUGCUGACAAAGGCGCGUUAUCACAGGCCACCCUCCUCCUGAGAUCAGGCUACAUCAUCCUGACGCUGACCUCCAUUGGAUUCUUCAUGGAACAAAGGCCUCAGGCAGCCAUUUUGGAAACCUUCCGAUGCUCAGUGUUUUUAAUGCUAUAUUGGUUGAAUUACUUGAAGCCUUUCAUCCCUUCGUGGACACAUACUUUUGAGAUUUUAUACUCUAUCUGCACCAUUUACUGGGGAAUAAGAAGCAUGAAACAACUUGCCUCAGGCCAUCCAAAGCAGCUCUGAGUUGGGAAGUCUAUGACCUUCUGUAUCUACUGGAAGGAGGGCAGUAUUGAAGGGCUGACUGUAAACCAGGGGCACAUGCCAAGGUUUCAAUGCAAAGGAAGUAAUUCAGCGCUUGACUCUUGGAAAUACCCUUUACAUGAUGAUUUGUUCCAAUGGUUAUUGGCUUUGGAUUAAUUUUUUGAUUAAUUUUUGUCUGUUAUCAUUAGAAUCUGAUGUAAUUUUUUUUUCUUAUCAACUUUGAGUUCAGUACUAUGUCAAAAUCCCCUUUAAAUGUCUCUUCUGUUGUCACUUUUCAAUUAGACCAGUGAUGGAAGCACAAAUACUCUUGUACAAAUUGAAGAUUUUAUUUGUGACAGUUUAAUACUAUGACCUGCUAUUCCUUAGGAAUUUAUUGUAAUAGUAUUAAAACACAUAUCUGGAUCCAUAAAUGUGUCAUCACAAUAGGAACUCAAUACUCCACAUAAGGCAAAUUUUACUCUUAGAAGCCCAUGAUGGGACAUUUGGGAAGAACUAUGAUUGACAUGGAAAUCAGAACAUCCUCAAUUUUGGGCUAUCAGAAAACUGAGAGGGUCUCUAGCUGAACCCUUUCCUUACUGGUCCAGUAUUUGGUGUGUAAUGGACAUUGAAUCAAUACUUGCUUAUUUCUUGCUUGGUUUUGAAGAUGAAGAAAUGCAGGCCCAGAGAUGAAGUGAUUUGUCCAAGGCCACAUAUACAGUAAAUAAGAGAGGCAGGAUUUGAAACCAGGUCUUCUGUCUUUCAAUCCACUGCCCUUUCUUUCCUCUGUACCAAGUUGACUGAGUGUCAACACUGAGAGGAAAUAUGGUGUAGUCAAGGCAGCAAGAUCAUAGCAAUGAUAAUGAUAAUCAGCAGCAUCAUGUAUGUAGGACUUUAAGCUUUGAAAAUAUAUAUGUAUAUAUUAUGUGUGUAUAUAUAAAUAUAUACAUAUAUGGCAUAUAGAGAGAUAGAUAUGUAUGUAUACACACAAAUGUGUUUAUGGAUGUAUUUAUGCUCAUCUGAUAAGCAGAUGGGGUUCAGGUUCUCUCGCAGAUGCAUACAGUGUAACCCUGGGGAAGUCACAUCACCUUUCAGUGCUCCAGGGAGCAUGUGAGACAUUAGUGGCACAUAAGAUUCUGAUCCACAUACAAUACUGUAAGACAUUUUCACAGGAGAAAUUACUUUUAGCAAUGAAAUUACAGGUCUGAGCCAACUGGAACAAAUAAACCCAAAAGCACACAUUUAAAUGAGUAAAUGAAUAGAUAAGCUGGUAGAUCAAUGAUUAAAUAAGAAUAUAAUUAAAUGAAUGAAUGAGCAAAUGAAUGGAAAAAUAAAUAAACCAAUAAGCAAACAAGCAAGCAAAAAAAAGAAAUGAAUGUAAGAAGAGAAUCAUCAGUGAUUUUCCCAAGUGAAUCUGGGCAGCCUGUUGGAGUCCACCACUGAAAGGCUUCCUGGUGGCUUCAUGUUGUUGUAAAUUGUGGAAUAAAGGUAAAUGUCAAAGUAGACAUGCUCCCAGUAUUUGUGUCCAGCAGGUUUUGUGGACAGGAAUGGAGAAGGUUCUGUUAAGAGGAAGACUGAUGGAAACACAGACUUCGGUUCUUUUCUUCUUUCCUUUUGGCCUGUUUUGUUUUUGUUUUUCUUUGCUUCUUUGAAAAGCAGUGGGGGCUCUUUCAUUUACUGAAAAAUACAGCCCGAGUGGUGCCUUCAUUGAAAA